CAUAAUUUAAUUUGAAAUUUACGGCUACAAAAUGACGACUGUCUGGCAUUCAUGAUAAUACAUCAAUUCAACAGAUUCAUGCCUUUCUAUCUAUCACCUCAGUUCCUGUCUCAAAUAUGUUUGCAGUCUCCAUCACUUUGUUUGUUAUAGUUGUUUUCACAGUCCUGGGACAAGCGUUUCCUUUGAAAAUUAAUGCACAAAACUUCACUAGGGAAGCAUUUGCGUCAAGGGAGUACAUCUACAUUGGUGGUGGCUAUGUUCAAACAGAUAGUGGCCACCUUUACUCAGACCAGAUGUAUGUUGAGAAACUCUUGCCGCCCAAGCUGUGUCAACCAUAUCCCCUGAUUUUCAUUCACGGACAAGGACAAUCAGGUACCGUAAGUAGUACUAUUGGUCCAUUUGAUACAAUUCAGUAUUAACGACUCUGUGAAGAAUUGGUUGAACAAACCAGAUGGUGGAUCUGGAUGGGCAUCUUAUUUCCUGAAUCAAGGUUAUAUAGUUUAUAUUGUCGAUCAGACUGAGCGAGCUCGAAGUCCUUGGAACCCCACUGGAAAUACCACACUCACGACGUAUACCGCUGAAUACAUUGAAAUGCGUAUGACUGCUUCACAGGACUUUAAUAUCUGGCCACAAGCCAUCUUGCAUACUCAAUGGAAUGGCGUGAGUUGCCCCCACAUCUCAAUACAAUUACUCUAAUCAAACCUACAGACCGGUCGGAUGGGUGACAGAUUAUUCGAUGCAUUUUAUUCAUCAAACGUUCAAUUUCAAUCAAAUACCGUGAUUCAACAGCAGAAUAUGCAAGCCGCAGGCUCAGCUCUUCUUCAUAAGACUGGACCAGCCAUCUUAGCCGCACAUUCUCAAGGCGGUCUUAUGCCAUGGGUCAUCGCGGAUUCCGUACCAGAUCUCGUAAAAGGGAUUAUCGGGCUCGAACCUUCCGGACCUCCCUUCAGAGAUGCAGUCUUUAGUUCAACUCCCGCAAGAGCUUGGGGAUUGACAGACAUUCCUCUGGCUUACUAUCCCACCAAUACCAAUUCUACAACACCUUUACAAACCCAAUCUGUCCCCAAUAAUUCGACAGGCCUUGAUAAUUGCAUUGUUCAAGCUGAUCCCGCCCGAGAACUUGUCAAUCUCAAGGAAAUUCCAGUUGUAGUUAUGACUAGCGAGUCAGGUUACCAUGAUGUCUAUGAUGGGUGCACAGUCUCGUUCUUGCAGCAAGCUGGAGUUCAUGCUGAGUGGUUGAGGCUCGGUGAAGUCGGGAUUCACGGCAACGGACAUUUGUUUUUUCUUGAGAAGAACUCGGAUGAGAUUGCCGGAGUUUUGGAUGAGUGGAUUCGCAAACAUGUCACUUGA